AUGAAGUUUUCUCGCUAUCAAUUUGACAGAUCAUUUAUCGCUGUGAUGGUUUGUUUGACUCAAUUCGGUUUUGCUACCGUGCUUAUACUGCUUGCGGGGAAGAAUACUGCUAUUCUGUUGCAUUUCUUUUUUAGUAUAAAGGUACCAUUCAAUUUUUGUGGGUUUUUGCUCUUUUUCUCUUCAUGUUCUGGAAAAGGGCAAUUCCAGAUAAAUUUCUGCUGGCUUAUCGUAAUUGUUGGAUUGAUAGUCUGGCCGGUUACAAUGCUCAGGAGCCCGAUGCAUUUUUGGCAAGUUGCCGUCUUCUCAGCGCUCUCUAGUUCCCUGGCUGUGUGUUUGCUGGUGAUUGGAUUCAUACAUGACGCUCCAGUUUGUGCUCAGAACACUUCCUACCCUGCAUUCGACCUACGAAACUUCUUCAUGGCAUACGGUACUAUGGUGUUCGCUUUUGGUGGCCAUGCCGUAUUUCCGACAAUUCAGAAUGACAUGAAGAAACCUCGCCUCUUCAGUCGCUCCGUUUGGGUCGCGUAUGUUUUGAUCGUUAUCUAUUACGUCACUGUCUCUGUGAUGGGCUACUCAAUCUAUGGAGCAUCAGUAGGUGAAGCGAUUAUACCAUCAGUACAACUGCAGUGGGUACAGCAGACCGUAAACUUGAUGAUCGCGCUGCACGUCAUUACUACGAUCGUGAUCGUGUUCUCACCGUUGACGCAACAAGUGGAGGAAAUUCUCCGAAUACCACAUCAUUUCGGAUGGCAGCGUUUUUUGGUUCGCUCUAUACUCUUCUGGACAGUCAUAUUUGUGGCAGUUUCUCUCCCAAAUUUCGGUCCUCUCUUAGACUUGGUGAGUUCUGUUUGA